AUGGAAGGAGAAGAGGUAUCGGGGACCUGGGCACUGUUCACCCAAGCUGCCGAACGGCAAGGGCUGACUGAAUCUUUUGGAGCCUGUGGUGGCUUCAGAAAGAGGGGUGUUCGAAGAAAGUUCCAGCACAUUCGAGCUUCGGCAGAGGGGGUCUUUGUGAAGCAGCCGAGCGUUGGGCUUAAGUCCUUGGUGUCAGAAAUAAGGGAUUGGACCCGGGUUACCUGCGUGUUGGCAGAGAGUUUGGAGCUAGGUCGUGACUUUCAUGGACUUCUCAAAUUCGCAGCAUGGCCCCUGCCGUUCGGCAAGGGUGCCUAG